AUGGGUUCAGUAACUCAACUUGUGGGAGCCGAGUUUGUGAUGCCGGAUGGUACUGUGUUGGUGAGUGAAGAGAUUCUAGAUACAACUAGGCUGGCUCCGUGCCUGGAUCUUAUUUGGGAAGAUAUGAUUGAGCAUGAAGACAUGGUUGCUGGUUUAGACGUAACAUGGUACCAAUAUUAUUCAUCAGAUUAUAUUCCGCUCCUCGUAAUCUGCACUCGGAUUGGUUGUGUACUAAUAAGGUUUGGUGGUUUUAUUUUUGGCCAUCUUCCUCAGUCCCUUCAACGUUUCUUAAAUAACAAGAACAUAUCAUUUGUAGGUGUUCAUAUAAAAGAGGAUGUCAACCGUUCUAUUAGAAAUAAUUUGCCACUGGAAAUAAGAAACGCAGUGGAUGUGGGUGAGUUGGCUGCGGAUGUGCUUCACCAACCCCAUUUUCGUGGAUUAGGUCUGGGAAGAUUAGCAACUGUGGUGCUGGAGUUUCCAUUAAGGUCAAGGUCUUCAAGAAUGGCCCAAUUUUAUUAUACGGGAUUCCCAUGGCUGGAAAUGAACGAGAUUGAAAGUCUAACAACUGAUGCUUAUGCUGCAUACAAGCUUGGGAAAAAAUUGCUUGGAUUUUAA